AUGACAAGCUUAGAAGACUAUAACUUUGAGGUGAGUGAAGAUGACGAAUAUUACCAGCUAAUAGGCGACAGCGAUUAUGAAUCUGAUUAUUCCCUAACUAAAGAUUCGAAGGUUAGUCAAAAUUCACACAACUCCCAAGAUUUACAAUUUAGAUAUAAAUCCUUAUCCAGAGAUGAACUAUUUGCAGAUGUAAUGGAACGUGUCAAGUUUGUUGGGUCGAUUACGCAACUAUCUCUUGACAGUAUGAUUAUAUUACUAAGGCUGUAUGGAUGGAACGAAGAAAAGCUUUUAGAAGAUUAUACUGAAAAUCCAAGGGAUAUCUUAGAGAAAGGGGGUUUAAUAGUACCAGAAAAUGGAAAGAGAGGAAUUCAACUAGAAAAAGAUUAUAUGUGCCCCAUAUGUUGCGAUACUUACGACAAAGUGUCGGUAUUUAUGAUGGAAUGCGGUCAUGUGGCUUGUAUUAAUUGUUACAGAUCAUAUUUAACAUCCACUUUAAAGAAACCAAGGGCGCCCACUUGUAUGAGUUGCAAUAUUUCUAUAACGUCAAGUGAUAUUGAUCAAAUAUUUGGCAAUUCUGACUUCAGUAAGAAACAUAUAUGCCUUUCCUUUGAAACCUUUAUUAAUAAACAUUCUAAAAACUAUAAGUGGUGCCCAUACACAGGCUGCGGGAAUAUUAUUUAUUCGAAUAACGAAUCCACACUAAAUGAAAUGCUUAAAAGACAUAUGAUACCAGAAGUAAUUUGCAAUAACAAACAUGCCUUUUGUUUUUACUGUUCCACGGAGGUGCACAGCCCGUGUGACUGUAAAAUUGCUCAAUACUGGAUUGAAAAAGUUAGAGAUGAGUCUACGAACUUGAAUUGGAUCCUUAACAACACAAAACCUUGUCCAUUUUGCGGUACUAGUAUAGAAAAAAAUGGAGGAUGUAAUCAUAUGACUUGUCAGAGUUGUCAAUCAGAAUUUUGCUGGAUUUGUGAUGGUAGAUGGUCCAUACAUACAGACAAUUAUGUCUGUAAAUUCCAAAAUGAGAAAAAAGAUAAUCGUGGCGUUAAAUCAAUAUCAAAGAGAUUUACGGAUGGAUACAAAAUGUUUAUUGUACAUGAAAACUCUUCUGACUUGGAUCUUAAAUUGGCAGGAACUAUUGAAUCCAAGAUAUUUACCCUUCAAAAAGAACUCGGAAUUUCUUGGAUAGAGGGUCAGUUUCUAUCGGAAUCCAUUAAAAUAUUGUUACAUGGCCGUUCUGUAUUAAAAUGGUCAUACACUAUUGGUGUAUUUUGUGAUCCUUCUCACAAUUUAACCCAUAUAUUGGAGCAGAACCAGACUAUGCUAUCAAAUGCCGUUGAGUCGUUAUCGUUGAAACUUCAGAUAAAAGAUCCUAACGUCAUAAUCAAGAGCAAAGCCGAAUUCCGUGAUUCUUCAAGUUUGGUUAAUGGAAGAAUUGCUGCAUUAGAAAGGUGCUGCCAAGAACUUUUAGUCAAAGGUAUUUGCAAACUCGAGAGCAUUUAG